AUGAAAGAUCUUCUGUUUAAGAAGAGGAAAUUGAAGGAUGGUGAGACGGUGGCCUUAAUAGAAGAGUGUAGUGCCCUGAUCCAGAAGAAGCUUCCACCAAAAUUAAAAGAUCCAGGAAGUUUCAGCAUCCCUAUUGCCAUUGGAGAUGUGGAAGUAGGGAAGACAUUCUGUGAUUUGGGGGCCAACAUUAACUUGAUGCCAUUGACUGUAUGUAGAGCUUUGGGAAUCAACACCUUGAAGGAUACCAAUCUUAUUAUGCAUCUUGCAGACAGAUCCAUCAAGAGACCGGAAGGUGUGGUUGAAGAUGUUCUGGUUAAGGUGGAUAAGUUCAUUUUUCCAGUGGACUUUGUGAUUCUAGAUAUGGAGGAAGAAGAUACUGAAAGCCCUCUACUUCUAGGGAGGCCAUUCUUAGCAACUGCUAGAUCCCUGAUUGAUGUUGAACAAGGGAAGCUAAUGCUAAGGGUGAAUGAAGAGACAUUUACAAUUGAUGUGUUUGAAGCCAUUAAACAUCCUGUUGAUGUGGAGGAUUGUUUCAGGAUAGAUAUCAUACAGGAG